AACCUCGUGAUGUAACCCGCAGCCGGUCAUGUUUACGAAUCGAUACCGUCACCUGAUCGGCUUUUAACGUGAGACGGGCAACGUAAACAAACAUUUUGCAACAUGUUGCCAGAACGUCUACUCCAUGUAGCUCAGUCCAAGAACCGUCACGGAAACGUCAACAAGGUUGAAGCCUGCCAUGCAAUCGCGUAGUGCGUUUGUGGCAAUUUGAUGCCGGUAGUCGGUAGCGGGUAAAAUCUUUAGAAAACUGCGGUAAGCAGGAGUGGUUGCUGGCGGGGUCGAGUCAGAAAAGGUCACUUCUGUGGCGAACUGAAUCAUCCUCGAUCUCCUCUGGGAAAAUGAAUUUCGGGCGCUCGAUACGGGUGAACCGCGGAGCCGUUUUGGUCGUGGUGGUCUGCGGGUUCACUUUGUUGUAUUUUUACCACCUUUUCUCUGAUCGGUCGGGGAGUGCCUACGGUCAAGCCAGAAAUGCAAACGAAGUCAAUUUAAGGAAGCUCCUGAUCGGAGCUAUCCAGGCGGCGCAAAAAGGCGGUGUCGAAAUCGUGGAAGUGUCAAAGUCGAUGCUCCUGAACAAGAAGAGCAAGGGAAAGACGAAGGAGGGAGCGGAUGACCCGGUCACGGAUGCGGACGCGAGGUCUCAUUGCGUCAUGAAGAAUGGACUGCACAGGAUAUUCCCCAGAUUGGAAAUUAUUUCAGAGGAGGACAAGGGAACAGGGUGCGGAGAUACGGCGCAUUUCAACCUGGAUCCGACGGUGCUACAUGAGAAUGCGGUAAUCCCGGAUGAAGUGGUUGAAACCAGCGAUGUGACGGUUUGGAUUGAUCCCUUGGAUGCCACACAAGAGUAUACAGAAAAACUUUACCAAUACGUAACGACAAUGGUUUGUGUUGCGAUCAGAGGGAAGCCAGUGAUUGGGGUCGUGCACAAUCCGUUCACAAUGAAAACAACUUGGGCUUGGCAUGGGAAGGCUUUGUCAGAGGAUCUCAGCAAAGUGAAGAAGGAAGAAACCCUAACAAAGAACCCCAUCAUAAUCGUAUCCAGGUCGCAUUCUGGCCUAGUGCAGAACAUCUCGAAACAAGUCUUUGGAGACAAUGCUCAAGUAAUCAAAGCAGCUGGUGCAGGCUAUAAAGUGCUACAAGUUGUAUUCAACAACGCUACCGCUUACCUCCACACAACUCGAAUAAAGAAAUGGGACUUAUGUGCGGGUAAUGCAAUUCUGAAUGCAGUUGGGGGGAAAAUGACGAAUCUGAUGAACGAAGAGAUCGAUUAUUCAUCCAAUGAGGCUGUGGUUAACGAUAAGGGGCUGCUGAGUACGUUGAGUCAUCACGAAGAUUUCAUUAGUAAAAUUAUGUCGCAUAAAGUUCUGCAAGCUUAGCUUUUAUCAUUGCCAGGGUAAUUGGUUAUUAUUGAGAAAACAUUUUUGGGGUCCUAUUGUAUUUAAAAAUUUUUAUAUUUUAAGAGAUCUGAAUCUUUUCGUUAGUUUUUAAGGAAAUUGAACAUUUGAAAUAAAUAUUUAUAUUUAUCAUAAAA